AAAAUAAAAUAUUCGGAACGUGUGUAUGAUGCAUGCAUGGAUUCAUUUGAUGCGCUACCGUUGGCAGCCUUGAUGAACCAACAAUUUCUGUGCGUUCACGGCGGACUUUCGCCAGAGAUUCACACUCUUGAUGACAUUAAGAGGCUAGAUCGCUUUAAAGAGCCGCCAGCCUUCGGUCCGAUGUGUGAUCUGUUAUGGUCAGAUCCACUAGAAGAUUUCGGCAGCGAAAGAAAUGCAGAGCAAUUCAGUCAUAAUUCAGUGCGAGGAUGCUCGUACUUUUAUAGUUACGCCGCAUGUUGUGAUUUUCUACAGCACAACAAUCUGUUGUCCAUAAUUCGUGCCCAUGAAGCUCAGGAUGCGGGGUAUCGAAUGUACCGAAAAUCACAAGCGACGGGAUUUCCUUCACUGAUUACCAUAUUUAGUGCUCCAAAUUAUCUCGAUGUAUAUAACAACAAAGCGGCAAUCUUGAAGUACGAAAAUAACGUGAUGAACAUUCGGCAGUUUAACUGUAGCCCUCAUCCGUAUUGGUUGCCGAAUUUUAUGGACGUUUUCACUUGGUCACUACCGUUUGUCGGCGAAAAAGGUACAUUUGUAAUCACGUUCUUAUAG